AUGUUGAUGUGUCAUUAUUCCGCUACAGCACAAAAUAUCGCUGCCGGCACAGCAAUCACGUGUCAUGCGACUUGGUCAAACGUUCCAACGUAUGCCAACAACAAAUGUGUCAAACAAAGCGAGGUUCUUCUUUCGGUGUAUUUGUAGUUGUUCUAUUCGUUCUUCAAGUCAUUGGUGGGAAAGGAUGUCGUCGUUGAGCUCAAAAACGAUUUAAGUAUAUGCGGCACAUUGCACUCGGUAGAUCAGUAUCUGAACAUCAAAUUGACAGACAUCAGUGUGAACGACACAGAAAAGUAUCCACAUAUGUUAUCGGUGAAAAACUGUUUCAUCCGUGGUUCGGUGGUGCGUUAUGUGCAGUUACCGGUUGAGGAAGUGGACACACAAUUGUUGCAAGAUGCGGCUCGCAAAGAAGCUGUCACCAGCACACGAUAGACAUAAACGUUCCAAUGAACCCACCAUCCCAUCCCAGCAACUGAUUAUUUAAGUUUUAUGGCAAAGAAAAAAAAACACGAAUUAUUCGGAGAAGUGAUUCGUUUGUAAUGUCUAGACAAAUCUAUAUAUAUAA